ACUUGUCAUCGGCGCGGGGCAGGCGGGAACUUCCUCUUGCGAUCCAUCCCUCACUUGCAACCAGACUCCAGAGCUUCCUCCAGUCAACGUCCUGCGCAUUACCAACAUUCCACUUGGUAACCGAGCCGCCAUGCGAGGCUCUCCUUGUCGGCCCGCCCCUGCUGAAUCCCGUCAUUGUUGUUUUCUGAUCUCAUUGUCUCUCUCUUAAAGAGCCUCCAGGAUAGGUCUCGUCAGGCCUGAACAAAGCCAUAGGUACACAAUUCUCGCUCGAUCACGAACGUUGUGUGGAGAAACCAUACGGCUCUGGUAUAUCUGGAUUGCUCCAUACCCUUGAUAUUCCCGCAACUUCGACAUACUGUUGUGUGCAGAGUGUCGAAUGGACGUGGCGUAGUUGGGCCGCCUGCUUUGAGAGCUUUAAUCAAUCGAUUGUGACUGCUGGGCGCAUGCAGGUACUAUCUUACAUUAUAUCAUCCACAUUAUACAUGUCGACGGACUAACGACAUCGUCGCAAUUGCCUGUGUCUCCCAGCGAUUUUUCAGCAAGCUUAUCCCUUCAUCUCACUGCCGAGCUACCACUCUGUAUCAUUUCGAACCCCCUCUUAUCAGAUUGAUCAUCGAACCAUUCAUGGCCGCGUUGGAUCUGACCACCUCCGCGGCCCGAACCUCCACAUCCGCUCUCUAUCUUCGGAAAGGACGUCCAGGCUGAGCGAGCAUAGGACAUUCAGUGUGCCAACCACACUCUGUCAGCAGGUAAAGACUCAGCAGCAGCUUCACGCCAUUGGUCACCGUUUUAGAUUGUGUACUUGUAGUACCAUCUAGGUACCUUUCCUCGUCGAGUCAUCCCUCCAGGAGCUUCUACACAGCGAGGUUCCAGGGUGGUGAUAUACUUGAGUUCGGCUCACAGCCUGAACAACCUUCCCCAUUAUCAACACAUCCAUUCUCCGCUCGACUUGUUGGCUUGCGCCAGCCCGUAGAGGUAGUGAUGGACACUAGAAGGAUCCUCGAACACCCGGUACUCGCACCCGUGCUGUCGGUUACCUUCAACCAUGAUAACAGCUGCUUUGCCGUCGGUUUAGACCAUGGUUUCCGCAUUUAUGAGUCGGGAUCAUGCGUUCUACGAACCUCUCGCGACUUCGGUGCUGGUAUCGGCAUGGUCCAGAUGCUUGGUCGCACAAACAUUCUUGGACUAGUUGGUGGUGGACGGCAGACAAAGUUGAGCCGAAACAAGCUCGUUCUAUGGGACGACAAAAGUAAGAAACAAGUAGGCGUCAUCAGCGCCUCGUCAUUGGUUCGAGGGGCUAAGAUGUCCAGCAAGCGAAUCGUUCUGGUUUUGAUGGACCGAGUGCAAGUCUACCAAACGGCCAAACCCCACCCGCUGCUUUCCACAUAUGAAACGACCGAUAACCCUCUAGGCCUGUGCUGUCUCUCCUCGGAUCGCAUUGCCUUUCCAGGCAGGGCGAUCGGCCACGUCCAGCUCGUUGAGGUUGAGACCGGCAAUGUCAGCAUCAUAACCGCGCACACGUCGGCGCUGCGAGCGAUGGCCUUGAGCCAGGAUGGCGAGUUGCUGGCUACGGCGAGCGAGAUGGGAACCAUCAUCCGCGUCUACGCAACAUCCAACUGUGCUCGACUAUACGAGCUGCGCCGCGGUAUCGACAAAGCCAUCAUCUUCUCCAUCGGCUUCAGUCCCUCUGGCAAGUAUCUGGCCUGCACCUCCGACAAAUCGACACUCCACGUUUUCGACGUGACUCGCCCCGGCGGCACAAGACCGAUUACUAGCAACGGCGGCACUGCCUAUGCCGCCGGCGAACCUUCAGUCACGGGCAACAACCGCCCUUCUAGCCCUUACUCCGUCGCAUCAAGCAGUGGCGGCGGUGGUGGUGUCAUGGUCAAUAGCAACAAUGGCGGGUCAGACAUGGCCGCUGACGAUGGGCAAGGUCGCUGGGGCUUCCUCUCCAAACUCCCUCUCAUGCCGCGUAUCUUCUCAGACCCAUACUCCUUUGCUUCCGCCAAGUUCGAGAUGGCUGACGAGCCCGUGUCCAACGGCAGCCGCGAGCCGCUCACGCGUGAUGGGGGCCUAGCCAUCAUCGGGGGCCCGCUCAAGGGCAAUCUGGGCUGGAUCAGCGAGACGGAGAUGGUGGUCAUUGGAGCUGGGAGAGACCCCAAGUGGGAGAAGUUUGCGAUCCAGGAGGGCGGGCAGCAGGAUGGGUAUCAGGGUGGAGGACGCCGGCUGGUCAGGGUUGGGUGGAAAAGAUAUGGUGGGGAGACGCCUUAGUUGGACGAACGGUUGGGGGAUUGGACACUUGUACCGGCGUUGAAGGGAGGUGAUGAUGGAUCUGAUGAUUCCGUUUACAAGUAGCAUUGUCUGGGGGUUUAUGAAGGAAUCAGAGGAGGUGUGUGUGCAACGAUAUCCACGCAGGGUCUGGGUCUGCAGUAUUACACUGUUUGGUUCAUCCGUUGUAUAUGGGGGUGUCUGAACAGUAAUAGCGUUUUCAGAUUGUAGCACUUUAUAACAAGACGUAAGAUUGUACAUCGUCACGAGCAUAUUGAGGCAUUAGAUUAGGGAAGCGAGUACAAAUACUCCAGAUACGAACAUCUUCAAUAUAUUUGUGCUACUCC